AUGAAAGUUGUUAAGAUUGUAUUGUUUCUGGGGCUAAUUGUAUAUAGUCCCAUAGUUAAAGGUAACAUUGGUCAUUUUGAUGAAGUGUGGCAAGAACGAGCUGAAAAUGCAAAGAAAGGUGCCUUCAAAGCCUACAAUCCUAAUCCCGAAAAUGUAACCAGUGAUUUCAACCGCGAAACUGAGAAGGUGUUGGAAGGUCAGAAUAACACAAGGAGAGGACUAUAUAAACACCAUGGUCCAUGCCUAGCCACUAACCCUAUUGACAGAUGCUGGAGAUGUGAUCCAAACUGGGCUAAAGACCGCAAGAAGCUAGUUAACUGUGUCCUAGGAUUCGGCCGCAAAACCACCGGAGGCAAGGCAGGUCGAUAUUAUGUUGUAACAGAUCCGUCAGACAACGAUAUGGUAAACCCUAAACCCGGAACCUUACGGCAUGCAGUGAUCCAAAAAGAACCUCUUUGGAUCAUAUUUGCUCAUCACAUGGUGAUUAGGUUAAACCAAGAGCUGAUUAUGGCUGGUGACAAGACCAUAGACGGUCGAGGAUUUCAAAUUCACAUUGUGGGUGGUGCUCAAAUCACAUUGCAGUUCAUUAAUAAUGUUAUCAUCCAUGGCCUUCACAUUCGUAAUUCGGUACAAGCUCAUGGUGGCAUGAUACGAGACUCCGUUGAUCAUUACGGUCAACGUACGAUGAGUGACGGUGAUGGAAUCACGAUAUUUGGAUCCCACAAUAUUUGGAUCGAUCACCUUUCUAUGUCCAAAUGCUACGAUGGGUUAAUCGAUAUUCUUAUGGCGUCUACGGCCAUUACCAUCUCUAACUGCCAUUUUACUAAUCAUAACGAUGUCUUCCUGUUUGGAAGUAGUGAUAGCUUCUCAGAUGAUCAAAUCAUGCAAGUAACGGUUGCUUUCAACCAUUUUGGCAAAGGAUUGGUGCAAAGGAUGCCAAGGGUCCGAUGGGGAUUCGUUCAUGUCGUCAACAAUGACUACACUCAUUGGCUAAUGUAUGCCAUUGGUGGUAGCAAAAACCCUACCAUCCUAAGUGAGGGCAACCGAUUCAUUGCUCCUCCAGACAAACGCGCUAAAGAGAUUACCAAGAGGGAGUAUUCACCAGAGAGUGUAUGGAAGUCGUGGAAGUGGAGAUCUGUGAAUGAUCUGAUGAUGAAUGGGGCCUUCUUUGUUGAAUCUGGGGGACCAAUUAGUAGGGGAAACGAGAAAGACGUGAUCAAUGCAAAGACAGGAGCUUCUGCAGGCAGGCUAACACGCUUUGCUGGGGCUCUCAACUGCGUCGAACACAAACCCUGUUGA